AUGGUACUUCAUUUCAGCCAAGUUCAGGCCCACAAAUAUGGGGUCCUGUCAUUAUAUAGAAAUCUCAUACGGAAAGCCAGGUUUGUCUCACAGGAUGAGUCCAUUUCUGAUCUUUUAAGAGAGAUCUUUCAUCGAUUCAAAAUAGAUUUAAGAAGCCACAGGAUAAGAUCACUUCUCUUGCGAGGGGAGGAAUUAAACGAAAAGUUUUCCAAAACCAUUCUCAAUGGGGCACCGUCUCAAGAAAUAGCCGAAUUGAUUUCUUCGAUCAAGCUCAUUCUGGCUCCAGCUGCAGAAGCCAAGUUGGAGACACCAAUACUGAACCCUGUACGUUCGGACAUGGAAAUUCAAGACAUUCAAGCAAGAAACUCCCAAAAACAGAAACUAAACGAUUGGAUGCAAAAGGAAAUUAAAAAUAAGAGAAAAGAAAAUCUCAUGUCAACUAAAACUCCUCCGGAUACCGUUUAUCUCAAAGAAAUCACACAACCGGAGGUUCUUUUCAAAUUGCGAGUUCAGGCGAUAGAUAAAUUAAAGACAACUUUACAGAAGGGACCCUAUAAAGCUCAAAUUGCCUAUAAAUCUGGGCUAAAGUACCCUGCCUAUAUGAUUAGAGUUCCAUGGGGAGGGUUAUGGAGGGAGAGACGAUUUCUUUACCAAGCGAUGUUGGAAACCGAUCGUCUUAAUGAGGCAACAACGCAGCUAGCCAACAACAAAAGUUUGAUGAAAAAGUACUAUGAUAUGGAAAAUCAAUGGGAUCGGUUAACGGGUCAUUCGGAUGGUGAUUGGCUUUCCGUCUUUCGAAUUGCUGAGAAAGAAAUAGAUGCUCAAUCGUCCAAGCUGGUCUCUGAAAUAAAAGAAUAUAAUAAAAGACAAAUCCAAAUAUCACAUUUAACACAGAAACAAUUGGAUGCAUACUAUGAAGCCAGAAAGGCCAACUUCACGCAACUCGUUAAAGAGUUGAAAAAUUAUGAACUAAAUCCACAUCAUUCAGACAUUGAUCUGGGCGAACUGUUGGAAAUUUACAACUUCAAGUCUCCCACCAAACUCCCAUUGUUGGGAAUAAACUGA